CCGUGAGGAAGAGGGAAAGAGGGAAGAGAGUAUCUGUUUGCCCCGCUCUCCAGAAAGGAAAGAGGGGGGAAAAACUGGACAUCCUUUUUCGCCUCAUUUUUUUUAGGAAUGAACGCCGAGACGUGCGUCUCAUACUGCGAUAUGACAUCCAUGGAUUCAUAUUAUAGCCCGUCUGCGCCGCAAGUUAGGGAUCACCAGGCGAACCCGUUUAGGACAUUCCAAGCGAGUGACACCAAAUACAGCCCCACUUUCCUAACCAACAAAGGACAGGCUUAUGGGGAAAAGUCGCGAAGCCCGUUCCAGCAGGAUUGCCAGUCAUUGGAUGCCACAGUGGCGGAAGGCACCUUUAACAAAUACCACCUCUUCGUGCAGAGAUCGUCCUGUAAAACGCCUCCCGAAGGAAGCAAACUCCACCAGGAAAGCGGACACAACGGAGCGCUCAUCUCCUGCUAUGCCAAAGACAGCCCGGGGCUGACGGACUCUGAGCUCCCCCCCACCGCAGACCCUGCCGGGAUGGACGGGUCCUACCUGGGCCUGAAGGAGGCCGGGGGGGCGAAGGCCCCCCAGGAGAGGCCGGGCCCGGAGCUGACCGGCCCGCUGGACAAGGGCGAGGGCGAGAGCAACAAGGGCAAGAAGCGGCGGAACCGCACCACCUUCACCAGCUACCAGCUGGAGGAGCUGGAGAAGGUGUUCCAGAAGACCCACUACCCCGACGUCUACGCCCGCGAGCAGCUGGCGCUGCGCACCGACCUGACGGAGGCCCGCGUGCAGGUUUGGUUCCAGAACCGCCGGGCCAAAUGGAGGAAGAGGGAGCGUUUCGGGCAGAUGCAGCAGGUCCGCACGCACUUCUCCUCCGCCUACGAGCUGCCGCUCCUGUCCCGGCCAGAGAACUAUGCACAGAUCCAGAACCCGUCCUGGAUUGGGAGCCCCAACACGUCGUCCCCCGUCCCCGGCUACAUGGUGCCCUGCGACACCGUGACCUCCUGCAUGACCUCGCACCCCCACGGGGGCGCCGGCGGGGUGCCCGACUUCCUGGGCGUGUCCAGCCCCGAGGGUCACAUGGGCGGCCUGUUCGGCGGCCCCGGCAUGGGCGGCGGCCUCAACGGCUACGACCUCAACAUGGACCCCGACCGCAAGUCCUCCAGCAUCGCCGCGCUCCGCAUGAAGGCCAAGGAGCACAGCGCCGCCAUCUCCUGGGCCACAUGAUGCCCCGGCUCCGCCCACUGAC